UCAUUACUUGCAAUUCAUUUUCGUAAGAAUAAAUUUGGUUGCUUUUAUUAAUAGUCUUAAGUUUGAAGUGAAUUAAAGUGAAGAAUAUAAAGGCAUUGCAUACUCUUUACCAAUCUCAGUAGAGUUAAAUAAUUAAGUGGCUUUGAAUUCGAGGGAGUCAAGGACUUCAAAAGUACUGUGGAAUUUGAAGUAGAAGAGAAGGAGCGACAACAUGGCUGAGUCAAGCAUCGCAUUAUCGAAGGACGAGGCCCUGCUGAAAUCCUUUAAAACGCAGCUAAAGGAUAAUGUCCUAAGCAUGUUGGUUAACUUUGAGGAGCUCAUUAAAUUAGUUUCUCCGAAGACUCCAGGCCAAAUCACAAAUAAUACAGAACAAGAAUUGAAUGCUUAUGAAAUGCAGGUGCGUGCUGGCAAUUUCGUUCGCGCAGAAGAAGCUCUAAUUAAACUGGUCCAUGAUGUCAAGGAGUACCAGAUUAUUUACGAUCAUUCCUUCGUCGAAGAGGAAAUGGAUAGACAAUCGGAAUCAAUGGAUGCCAAGGUGGUCGAGUGUGACGAAGCACUUAUCAAAAUUGUUAGGGAUUUGGAAGACGAGUUGUUGGAUCUGGAGGACGAGUACUACGAAAAGAGCGGUGGACCUUACUAGGAUUCAAGCGAUUAAUGUAUUUCAUCAUAAAUGAUUUCUUUUUAUCCAUUCGUAAAGGAUAACCAUUGUAAACAAAAAACCAAUAA